CAUUGGGCUCUGUCCACUGGAGAUUUGAGAACUGCAGUUUAAUGAAAAAGUGAACGCUGUACCGGUGUGCGCCCACGAUUGGCUGUCCCGACUGCCGACGGAGGCAGGCCGUGGCGACGGGGAAGUACUUGACCGACAGACCCUCUGGAAUAUCGGAAAAAUAUCUUCGACGCCUGGAUUGAAAUGAAGGAAUUAUAUAUGUUUUUUAUUCGGAAUUUGAACCAGUAAACGAAUAGGUCACCAAUGUUACACGUUCGCUUGAAGUUUACAAUUCAAGCCACUCUAAACUGUGAUGUGGUGACGCGGCUCAACGCGGCUAACGACGGGAAGCUAAUUUACGUUAGCUGAUGCGCUAUCUAAUAAUACAGUGGACAUUGCAAAGGAACUCGGACUACAUUGUAAAGAUGAUGUGCGAGGUUAUGCCCACCAUCAGUGAGGCUGAGGGGCCUGGCGGGGGAGGUGGGGGUGGCCGAGGCUCUGGCUCCCCCAUGCAGUCAGACUCAGAGGGCCACUUUGAGUCACUGAUGGUGUCCAUGCUGGAGGAGAGAGACCGUCUCCUUGACACCCUGAGAGAGACUCAGGAGAACUUGGGCCUGACCCAGAGCAAGCUGCAUGAGGUCAGCCAUGAGAGGGACUCACUGCAGAGACAACUCAACACUGCCUUGCCACAGGAGUUUGCUGCACUGACCAAGGAGGUGAACAUUUGUCGGGAGCAGCUACUGGAGAAGGAGGAGGAGAUUGCUGAGCUGAAGGCUGAGAGGAACAAUACACGGCUCCUUUUGGAACAUCUGGAGUGUCUGGUUUCUCGCCAUGAGCGCAGCCUGAGGAUGACAGUGGUGAAACGACAGGCCCAGUCCCCAGCUGGUGUCUCUAGUGAGGUCGAAGUCCUCAAAGCCCUCAAGUCCCUUUUUGAACACCACAAAGCCCUCGACGAGAAGGUCAGGGAAAGACUGCGUGUGGCCUUGGAAAGAUGCAGUGCAUUGGAAGAACAGCUAACUAUCUCACAUAAAGAAGUGGCAUACCUCAGGGAACAGAGCAGCAUGAAGAGAGGUCAAGCAGAUGGAACCAGCGAGCUCAACCACAACUCUGAAAACACACCAAGCACUAAUGGCAAGCGGUCGUCUGAUGGCUCACUGAGUCAGGAGGAAGACUCAGGGCCAGGGAAAGUGGGCGAACUCCAGGAGGUGGUGGAGCGUCAGACAGCCGACUUGGGCCAGAUGAAGGAACGCAUGGCUGCCAUGGUGUCACGGAUCAGUGAGCUGGAGGAAGACCUGGACACAGCCAGAAAGGACCUGAUCAAGUCUGAGGAAAUGAACACGCGGCUGCAGAGGGACCUGAGAGAGUCUAUGGCUCAGAAGGAAGACAUGGAGGAGAGGAUUACCACGUUGGAAAAGCGCUAUCUGGCAGCGCAGCGAGAGGCAACCUCCGUCCAUGACCUCAAUGACAAGCUGGAGAAUGAAGUAGCCAACAAGGAGUCCCUCUUCAGACAGACUGAGGACAGGAACCGGCAGCUGCAGGAGAAGCUGGAGCUGGCUGAGCAGAAGCUGCAGCAGACCAUUCGCAAGGCAGAGACUCUGCCUGAGGUGGAGGCUGAACUGGCUCAGAGGGUAGCAGCCCUCACAAAGGCUGAAGAACGCCAUGGCAAUGUGGAGGAGAGGCUGAGGCAGAUGGAGGCCCAGCUGGAGGAGAAGAACCAGGAACUGCUCAGGGCACGGCAACGAGAAAAGAUGAAUGAGGAGCACAACAAGCGUCUGUCAGAGACAGUGGACAAGCUGCUGUCUGAGUCCAACGAGAGGCUCCAGCUCCACCUCAAAGAGAGGAUGUCUGCUCUGGAGGACAAGAAUGCCUUGAUAAGAGAACUGGAGCACACCAAGAAGCUUAUUGAGGAGGCACACCAUGAGAAGGAGCAGCUCUUGAUCCAGAUUGAGACCAUGAGGGCGGAGAAUGAGCAGGGCAGGAGCAGGAGUAACUCCCUGCUACAUGGACGAUCUCACCUCGGCAGUACCCCUGACUUCAGGUACCCAGUGUCAGCCUCCUCCAUAAUGGACAGUAACUCUGACCACUACAGCAGUGCUCUGGUGUUGAGGCGGCCCCAGAAGGGGCGGGUGGCAGCGCUCCGGGACGAGCCCUCCAAGGUGCAGACUCUUAAUGAGCAGGAGUGGGAGCGCGUGCAGCAGGCCAACGUGCUGGCCAACGUAGCCCAGGCUUUUGAGAGCGACAUGGAAGCCUCGGACCUGGAAGAGGACCGGGAGACUAUCUUUAGCUCGGUGGACCUGCUGUCCCCUGGUGGCCAGGCCGAUGCACAGACCCUGGCCUUAAUGCUGCAAGAGCAGCUAGAUGCCAUCAACAAUGAAAUCAGAAUGAUCCAAGAGGAGAAAGAGAGCACUGCCAUGCGGGCGGAGGAGAUUGAAUGCCGGGUGGGUAGCGGCGAGAGCCUGGGUGGCCGCUUCCGCUCCAUGAGCUCGAUCCCUCCUUCGCUGGGUGGGGGCUCCUCCCUAGGAGGCUCUCCUCCAGGCUCUGGCCAGUCCACUCCAAGACGCAUCCCCCGCAGCCCCAACAGAGAGAUGGAUCGCAUGGGCGUCAUGACCCUGCAGUCUGCUCAGGAUGACAAGGCCACUAUCCGGUGUGAGACGUCACCGCCCACAACCCCGCGCUCCAUGCGGCUCCACAAGGGAGCGGGCCACACUGCAAGCCACGAAGACAUUCGAGACAUCCGGGGUCUGACCAGCCUACAGGAUGGCCAAGGCAGUAACCCCAGCAGUAGCAACAGCAGCCAAGACUCCCUUAACAAAGCAGCCAAGAAGAAGAGCAUCAAGUCUUCUAUCGGUCGCCUAUUUGGGAAGAAGGAGAAGGGACGGCCCAGCCUGCCUGGCAAGGACAACCCUAGCCAAGCUUGUACUCCUGAGACUGAGAGCUCUCCCAAGGAUGGCCUGGGCAUGGGGACUCUAGGAGGCCCUGCAGAGAAAAACAGGAAGCUCCAAAAGAAGCAUGAAUUGCUGGAGGAGGCUCGCAGGCAGGGCCUGCCGUUUGCUCAGUGGGAUGGUCCCACCGUUGUGGUCUGGCUGGAGCUGUGGGUAGGCAUGCCAGCAUGGUAUGUUGCCGCGUGCCGUGCCAAUGUGAAGAGUGGAGCCAUUAUGUCGGCGCUUUCGGACACAGAGAUCCAGAGGGAGAUUGGCAUCAGUAACCCACUGCACCGUCUCAAACUCCGCCUGGCCAUACAGGAAAUCAUGUCUCUCACCAGCCCCUCUGCCCCUCCCACAUCCAGAACGUCCACGGGGAACGUUUGGGUCACGCACGAAGAGAUGGAAAGUUUGGCGGCCACACCCCCCACGACGCUGGCAUACGGAGACAUGAACCAUGAGUGGAUAGGCAAUGAGUGGCUGCCCAGCCUAGGUCUGCCACAGUAUCGCUCCUAUUUUAUGGAGUCCCUGGUGGACGCCCGCAUGCUGGACCAUCUCACCAAGAAGGACCUUCGGGGACAGCUCAAAAUGGUGGACAGUUUCCACAGGAACAGUUUUCAGUGUGGAGUUAUGUGUCUGAGGAGGCUCAACUAUGACCGGAAGGAGCUGGAGAGGAGAAGGGAAGAGUGUCAGCUUGAGUUCAAUAAUGUGUUGGUUUGGAGCAAUGAGCGGGUGAUCAGCUGGGUUCAGGCCAUUGGACUGAAGGAGUACAGUAGCAACUUGUAUGAGAGCGGAGUCCAUGGAGCUCUGCUUGCCCUGGAUGAAACCUUUGACCACAACUCCCUGGCUCUGCUGCUGCAGAUCCCCACACAGAACACACAUGCCAGAGCAACUCUUGAGCGAGAAUACAACAGUCUGCUAGCCAUUGGCACAGAGAGGAGAAUGGAAGAGGAUGAGGAUAAAAAUUUCCGACGUGCCCCGUCGUGGAGGAAGAAGUUCCGGCCCAAAGAUAUGCGGGGUAUGUCCCUUGGUUCAUCAGACACCCUGCCCGCCAACUUCCGAGUGACCAAUAGCAGCUCAGCGUCUCCCUCCACUCAGCCAAAGAGGAGCCCCAUGGAUGGUAACCGCUGGUCAGAAGAUGAGGGUGAAUUCCCUGCUUUCAAGACCAGGAUGAUGAACUGAUUUCUCCUGCAAGGACACUAAAGAGAUCUUGGGGUUUUUGUUUUUGGUUUGUUUUUUUCAUCAUCAAAGAGAAAGAUCUUUAGUCAUGUCGUCUAUAAUUCUUGAGAGGACACGUUUUAGAAUUAUGUUUAUCAUAUUUAUGUAAGCCAAUUGGACAUUUAAUUGAUUUUAGAAUAAUUGUGUAACCUUUUUUUUCUUUCUUUUUUUUUUUUUGCCUCCAUUCCUUGUUAAUCAACCCUUUUAGAGAACAUUUCCCCACUGUGCCCUUAUUAAGCUUAACUCUACCAGAUGUAAUUGAAUGUUUCAACUGUCUGGAGUUUGUAUAUUUCUAUUGACAGACAUUUUAUCUAAUCUUUUUUAUAAUCUUGAUCUUAUUGACCUGAUGUAUGGGUUAUUUUUCCUGUUUCACUUUUUUUGAUUUGAAUUCUUAUCAUUGAAUUUAUGCUCAAGUGACUUUGAUACGUGAUAUAACUUAAUUCUGUACCCUUUCCCCUUUUAAACUGUUGCAAUUUUUUAAGCUCAUUACUUGUGAUUAUAUGUAAAUGCAGCUCUUAGGUCACAUGGAUUUGUGAAUAUCAGACGAAUUGCUGGAGCUGUUAGGCAGAUUUGUUUUGCAAACUGCUCAACACUGUGGUUUAUCCAUCACUGGACAGUAUCUGCUGGCAAGCCAAGUGUUGCUGACAACAGAUAUCACCUGAAACGGUGCUUAUUAUAAUUUUCUUUUAUUUCUUAUUUACGAUACCAAAAUGAAACUUUUGAUUAAAAGCAAAGAAAAGCCAUAUCAAGGUAGCAAAAAAAAACAAAACAAAAAAAACAGAGGGCUAAUUUCGGGUGCAAGUGGAUUAAAAAAGAAUUCCAGGUUCUCUCUUGUCGACGUUGCAUGCGUAAACCUCUCUACCCGGCCCGCACUCCUGAUCUCGACCCAUCCCUGUAGAGGCCCUCCCCCCCCUUCACCUCCUCCGGAGAACACACAGGACUCGUGCGUACGUGCAGGAUGAACUUCAAUGUACCACUGGGUUGAAUGUGUGGCAGCUCUCCUUCGAUGGACCAACUUCACUGCGGCCUCAAUUGAUCCGCGCUACAACUAGAUGUCCCUCAAGGCGGUGUGAUCCACCUGCAAACCCUUUUAAAAAAGACUGCAUAUCAAGCCUUAUUGUUCCUUAACUCCUUACUGUCCUUUGUUCUUAUUUAUUAUUACUAAUUCACUGCGUUUUCUGACAGUUUUGUGUUCAGAAGUAAAUCCACAGUUUUUCCGCUUGAGUGUUACAAAGCUGUUCACAUCCAAGUUUGUCUUGCCUUUGCUCAAAACACAGGUUCCACCAUUGGUUUUCAUGGCAAAUGACAUGGAACUGAAGACUUGUCCUUCACCUUAUACAUGUAAGGUGCUUUAGAAUAGUAACGUCUCUUCUCUCUUUGUGAUUUAGUCAUUCAUGUACAACACAAAUCAAUGUUGCUGUUUUUUUUUUCUUGUUUUAUUCCCGCUUUCCUCCAUGAAACUUCUCCUGAUCUUGUAACAAAAUGAUGUACAGUCUGAGUACUUAUGAACUAUUUUUAUCACAGUAUUAUUUAUUGCUUACUUCCAAUAAAAUACUGAAAUUUAUUUUCCA